CAUGCAGAGAAGGAAAUACAAUGCCAUGUGGUACCAACUUGCCAAUCAGUCAUCAGCUUGGUUUCGGCAAGUGCUACCUACAAACCAAAGAGUGCACAGCUGCGAAGGUGCCCCAGCAAAACUAUACCAUUACCUUACAUGCAGAUGAUUUCAGUUUUCUAACGACUGUUUAUUGCAAUACUAAAUUCAUGCCUGACAGAUGUGCUAAAACAGUUCUCUUACAACAUGGGAAAUGUAUUUCAGUGCUGUCUCAGACUGUCACAUUUCUUUCGGCGUAAGUACAUCUCUGACCAAACUGAGGAUCGAUCCCCUCUGUUGUCGAGAGAGAACAGUGAUCCUGGAAGCCUCUCUCCAUCAAGAACUUCAGGUGACCUGUUGGCAUCUCCACUCCUGGACCAGGACCACCUCCUAUACCCUGACAUCGUCCUGAGCAGCAAUCACGGAGCUGAACUGGACAGAGAGGAUUCAUCCUUGCUAUUAGAGCUUAUAACAACAGACAGAAGACGAAAUCAAAUAAAAGUAAAUGAAAAUGAUCAAAGCCUUGAAGGAUGUGAAAACGAUGAGACAGAGCAAAUGGCAAGCACAAGCAUCAGUCACCAGGAGUUUUACUGUUUAGAGAGAAAACAGUUAAGUAAUAUUGAAAACGAAUGGCCCUUGCUGUCAUCCUUACAAGCAUGGCCCUCAGAACAACCAAAUGCUGCUAAUUCUACUUCUCAGACUCUAAUCUACACUUAUGGUCAAGGAACUGAAAGGAGGUCCUUACCCUGUCAAGCAGCUAAAGGUGGGAUUCAGGAUGAGCAAAAAGGAGAUUCACACCUAGCAAAGGAAACACAAGAGACAGAGCUAAAUCUGGUACAAAAACACCAGAACGUAGCACAAAUAGGACUUGAAUUGAGACCAAAAUGGGUUUUUAGAAAUGGUGUAUGUUUAAACCAAGUUCCAGUUGAGAUUGCUGAAGAUUCAGAGAAAAUUCACAUUGAGGAAAGCAACCAAACGGAACAGUUUGGUCAACAAAUUCAGUCUGAACAACUAGAAGCACAAUGCAGACAAAGCAUAGCACAGCAAGACUCGGUUUAUAAAACUAAUGAAGCUGUUAUUCUAAUGAGUCACAUCCAUGACUGUGAAGAACCAGGUUUAGAGGUUAAAUAUAAUGUAGAACAUUUCCCACAGAGAAAACAACAUACUGAGAGGUAUCAACAGGAGAUCACACAGAACGAACAGAUUGUAUUAGAACAGGACUUCAUUCAGACAGACAGGUACUCUACACAGUUUGGGUACUCUGUGGACCAGAUGGCCCAGACAUGUAAAGAACAGUAUAUUUCUGGAAAUACGGAAUUUGAGCCAACAAAGCAAAGCAUGAUGGAGUUUGGAUGUCAUCUGGACAAACAAGGAUGGCAGAAGUCGGAACAACUGGGGGAAAAUCAAAUCCAGUCUGAUCGGAAUCUGAACAAAGGAUCAGGACCAUCUGAAAGAUUUACCUUGUUUGUGGUUGAUAAACUGUUCCUGGCCACUCCAGGUCUGAGUUCUGAAAAUAUACUCAGUGACCAGACAGAUAUUUCAGAGCUGGAUAUGUGUUAUGACAAAGAAAUUCUGGAAGAUCCUGAUACUGAAGAGGCUGACUCAGAGGAAACAGGAUUUACAAUAAGGAUCCAGGCCCCUGCUGCUGAACCCAUUGAAUUCCAGGUGUCACCUUUAGCGAUGGUGCAGGAAAUCAAGCAGGUGUUAAUGGACCGUGAGGAGACCUGCCAACGUACCUGCUUCUCCCUGCAAUUAGAUGGGAAUACACUGGAUAACUUCACUUCGCUAAAGUCCAUCUCUGGCCUACGAGAAGGCUCACUACUUAGGAUUGUGGAAGAGCCAUACACAGUUCGUGAAGUUCGUCUACAUCUGCGUCACAUCAGAGACCUGCUAAAGAGCUUGGACCCUUCAGAUGCUUAUAAUGGAGUGGAGGGUAGCUCCCUGUCCUUCCUCAGAUUCUUCACUGAAGAAAAAGAAGAAGAGAACACCAAAUGCAAGAAAAGAGGUGAUGAACUGAAGCAAUUCAAUUUCAGCCCUCCUGAGUACAUCCUUCCAGGAACUAAAGAACGUUUGCUGGAACCCCUGCAGCCUCAGAGUGAAAACUUGAAACCCACUGAAAGCCUAAAGGUUUUAAUGACUAGCAGUUGGAACCCUCCUCCAGGAAACAGAAAGAUACACGGUGAUCUCAUGUAUCUUAAUGUGAUUACCAUGGAAGACAGACACUUCAGCAUUACAGCAUCAACACGAGGCUUUUACAUAAAUCAGUCUACUACGUUUGGCUUCAAUCCAAAGCCAGCAAGUCCCAGUGUACUUAGUCAUUCUUUAAUUGAGCUCCUGAGUCAAAUCAGUCCAGUUUUUAAGAAGAACUUUAGUGCUUUACUGAAGAAGAGAACAUCAACACACCCCUUUGAAAGAAUAGGCACUCCUCUGCAGGUGUUUAGCUGGACUGCCCGAGCACUCGACCACUCUUUGGACUGUGUUCGAGCUGAAGAUGCCAGCUCAAAUAUGGGCUUUGAAGAACACUUGUCUGGGCAGCAAAUCCGUGACUGGAAUGAGGAGAUUCAGAGUACUAGAGAGUUACCACGCCAAAAUGUUAGAGAUCGUCUGCUCAGAGACCGAGCCAUCUUCAAGGCCAACAGUGACUUUGUGAGCACAGCCACACAAGGUGCUAUGGCGGUGGUUGAUGGCAAUCUGAUGCCCAUUAAUCCUAGCGAAGAACCACAGAACCACCUGUUUGUCUGGAACAAUAUCUUCUUUAGUUUGGGCACGGAUGGCCAGGAGCAUUAUGAAGAGCUGGGCGGUGAGGCUGCAGCUCAUGCUGCAUCAGCUAUUGACCUGAAUGGUGUAAGAGCAUACAGUGCAGUAGAUGCAGAAGGCCUGUAUGUGCUUGGUACCGUGCUGGUGGAUUAUCGAGGCUACCGCGUCACUGCCCAGUCAAUUGUUCCUGGCAUUCUAGAGCAGGACCAGGACCAGAGUGUAAUCUAUGGUUCCAAUGACUUUGGAAAGACAGUUAUCUCGAAUGAAACGUUCCUAAAGCUGCUGGACAAACCCAGCAAACAACUGAGAAUACAGCGGCACCAGGUGCUCAACAAAGACGGCUGUGCUGUAGAGUUGUGUUCUUCAGUGGAAUGUAAGGGCAUCUUGGGUAAUGAUGGCCGUCACUACAUUCUGGACCUGCUCUUUACAUUUCCACCUGACCUCAACUUCUUGCCUGUGGAUGGGGAGGAGCUUAACGCAGAGUGUCAUCAGCUUGGUUUUCCAAAGCAGCAUGCACAUCGCUUAGCCUGUCUGAGGCAAGAGCUGAUUGAGGCGUUUGUGAAGUACAGGUAUCACUCAUUUAGAAAUACAGUCUCUCAAUGCUUAGAGCAAGAUGAUGACAAUAUCAAGGAUGCUGAAACCCAUCUGGUAGACCACAUCCCAAAUGCAGCUGAAGAUGCGACACCCGUCAAGAACGAUUCUUUAAUGGGGGCUUCACCUUCAUCCCCUAGAUACAGCUCCAUUGAUAUUCAAUUUAACCCAGACAUUUUCCUACCAGAUAUUCGUUUUCCAAAGGAAAGUUUGAAGGAAAUCUUGAAACAGAAACAACUUUUAAAGGAUGCAGCAGCUUUUCUUCUUUCUGAACAAAUUCCUGCCUUUAUUAGGAGCUGUGUUGAUCACACCACAAUGCCCAUGGAUGGCACUACAUUAACUGAGGCUCUGCAUCAUCAUGGGAUUAAUAUUCGCUAUCUGGGCACACUGUUGGAGUUUAUUGAGAAAGCUCCUCAGAGGACAAGAUUAGACCAUGUUUAUAGAACUGCAAUAUGUGAGCUGAUCACUAGAUGCACAAAACACAUAUUCAGAACAUAUUUACUAGCAGUUGAACCAUCUGCCCUCUCUGCCUCAGUCAGCCAUUUCCUCAACUGCUUCCUCAGCUCCUCACCUGAUACACUAGAGACCCAGCAGAUGGACAGUCAGGCGUCCAAGCGCAGGAGUCGGCGGAGGCGAAGCCAGGGCUCUGUGGGUGGGGAAAUGACAGCUGUGGAAGGUGGCUGGUCCAGCCUGACUUCCGAUGAGCUCUGGAGAAGUAUCCAGACUGAUGCUCUGCAGUACUAUCACUACUGCCUGCCAUGUGACAGCAUAGAGCAAGCCGUGAACAAAUGUGGUUUACAGAGGCUGACGCUGCUCAGAGAAAUCUCCAUCAAAAUUGGCAUCCAGAUUCUCAUUAGGGAAUAUCAGUUUGAUGCCAAGCUCAGACAAGUAUUCACAGAGGAGGACAUCCUUAAUAUUUUCCCCAUUAUAAAGCACAUCAACCCAAAAGCUAAUGAUGGCAUCUAUCUCCUCCACUGUGGCAAAGCCAAGAUCCAGCAAGGUGACUUAAAAGAAGGAUGUGAGCUGAUCAGCCAGGCUUUGAGUCUGUUUACUAAUGUGUAUGGGGCUCUACACCAGGACGUCUGCAUCUGUCUCCGCCUGCUGGGACGCGUUUACUAUAUCCUUGAAGACUACGCUGAGGCACUGAGUCACCAGCAGAAAGCUGUGUUGAUCAGUGAGAGAGUGUUGGGAAUAGAGCAUCCCAAUACUAUACAGGAAUAUAAAGACCUUGGCCUAUAUUGCUUUGCAAGUGGGCAGGCUGCCACUGCCCUGCGACUGCUCUAUCGGGCCCGCUAUCUCAUGCUGCUUGUGUGUGGGGAGGAUCACCCAGAAAUGGCCUUAAUGGACAUUAACAUUGGUCUCAUGUUACAUGGUGUGAUGCAGUGUGAUCUUGCCCUUAAAUUUCUGGAGAAUGCCCUGGCAUUAACUUCUAAAUAUCAGGGGCCUUCGUCCCUAAAACUCGCACAAAGUCAUCAUUUGUUGGCAAAGGUUUUUGAGAGCAAAGGAGAGUUCAGAUCAGCUCUGAGACAUGAGAAGGAACGCUACAUGAUUUAUAGAAGCCAGGUCGGAGAGGCACAUGAGAAGACACAAGAAAGCUCCGAGUACCUGAAACACCUUACGAAUCAAGCUGUAAUUUUGCAGAGGACCAUGAAUGUAAUCUACAAGAACAGUUCUGAUUGCAGUAUUGCUCCGCUUAAACUGAGCACACCAAGUCGGGUCUGGAUUGUGGAGCAACUAAAUCUUGUAACAGGGAUCGUCCUUAUACCCCUCAGCAACCAGGACCUGGAAACUCUUAGGGCUAAUGCCAAGCAAACUGCUGCUUGAAUGCAAAAAGGAUACUUUAUAUUGGUCGAAAACAAAAGGACUAAUCACUCCAGUAGGACCAAUAUGCAGUACUGCAGUGCAUGAAUAUAUGCAAACUCUACAUGAUGUCAAGAAAGAAAAUGUAUAUUUUUAACAGGAUGACGUGCCUGCAAAACCAGCCUGGAAUUUUCACAUCUUUAAAAACCUUGAAUAGUCUCAUUGAAUUAAUGAUGAAUGUAAAACGUUUAGGUCUUGUUAAUAAUGUAACUGUUUCUGCUCUUAUAUGCAUCAUUAAGUAUUUUCUCUGUAAGACUGAACUAUGCAUUAAAAGUAAGGCUAGAAAUAAUAACCAAAUUGACAGUUUUGCAUGACUAAUUGUUUUGUGGGAAGCAAAUCUGAAAAUGCUAUUUUCUGAAUUAUGCAAAUGCUUUGUGAAAAGUAUUACAGUAUUGUAAAAGAAAAGUAUUAAUUAAAAAUAAAAC